GGAAAUAACCAGCUAGCUCUGCAACGAUAAACCAGUGGGAGACGGGGAGUGUUGUAACACAUUUUGUUACUUCUGGACUUUGCCAUUGGGUGUGUCCUGUGAUGGAGUGAACCAGCUGUGUUUGAGAGUCCACACGUGUUCAUCAGAAGCUUGCGACAUUCUCGGGGCUGUCCAGUUUCGCAGUGUCAUGACAUGGCUGGCAAUGAGGAUACACCACACAGGAAAAAUGAAAAACACCUGCCUCUGCUAACGUGAGAAACCCACUGUUGCUGCAGUUUACAUAAAAUGACACGCACCAGUCUCUCUGCUCUCUUCGUAACCAUCUGGUUCACAGGUCUCGUCCCUGGAUUAUGCAUUUCAUUGUGGCAAAAACCUGAGAGAACCGAAUGGAACGGCUCAAAUGUCAGCAUCACCUGUCACAUUAAAGCUGAUUCACAUGUGAAAAGGAUAAUGGUUAGGUGGUUGCAAGAUAAUCAAACUGAAAUUAAGAGAGAUUCAUUUUGUGUGACUUACGAUCCAUCGUCUGUAAAUGGAUAUGUGUUUAACGUGACACUGAACCUGCUGUCAAUACGUCUAAAUCAUAGUGGCAUGUAUUACUGCACAGCAUGGGUGGAUUUACCUGUACUUGAACCUGUUAAAUAUGGAAAUGGGACACAUGUAUACGUCGCAUUUGUAGUUCAUAACUCAACAACAGUGACAACACCAACUCCCACACUUGUGACUCUGGCAGUUCCACAAAACCUCUAUAAAAUGGACACAUUGAUGUGGUCAGUGCUUUCAGGCAUGGGUUUUGUUUUGCUGAUCACCUGCAUUGUUUGUGUUAUUCACAUACAUUAUAAAGGCUACUGCAGAAUAGAACCUAGAGCAAAAGGAGCCCUGGUUGAUGCCACUCGUGGAACACACUGCCCGGACACUCGUGAAACUGUUGUUUAUGCAGCUUUAAACAUUCCUCGAGACAGUGUAAAAUCAAGAAAUGAGAACUGUCCAGCUCCGACACUCACUUCAGUGACCUGCACAGAGGAAUCAGUGACAUACUCUGAGGUCCACUUAAAGAAAGGACCAAAGGAUGAAGGUUAAGCAUUAUUUGCCUGAAUUUUAUUCACACUGUAAUCUGUUUUGCCUUGCAUAUGAAAUGGUGUCAUUGACCAAUUAUUGAGUGACUUUUAAUGGCAUUUCAAGCUUAUGGUCCUGUUUGGCCUAAUUUAGUAAGGGCAUUUCUGUAAAUAUUUGUAUAAAGUUUCUGAUUGUUUGCAUUUCUUCAUGCAAUACUCAUGAAGACUGACUUGUCAAAUGCUGUCGGCUCACAUUUGAGUCUAUUUUAAGUUGUAUUUUGCUCAAAGUGCAUGUAUAUAUUCAAGAUAAAAAUUAUAAAAAACUUCUUUAAACAUUAAUUCU